AACCAAAGUAACAUGACGCACCUCUUAGGUCUUUUAAUAAGUUUGGCCGCCGGUUUGGCCCUAGUGCACGGUGCUGCCCUCUGGACACACGGAGUAGAGUCGAACUAUCAAGACCCUUUGUGGGACCUUAGUGGCCCAGAACAGGGAAGCAGACAACAAUUUAGGGACUAUAUUGGGGUUGGACUCAUGUUGACGUGCUGUGCCAUCAUUUAUGGAGGUUUGAUGGCUGUUCUGUCUAGACCGGCCCUGAACGAAAUUCAUUUGCUGGCCGUCUCCUACGUCGUCCUGGUCACGUUCCUUGGAUUGGAGAUCUGUCUGGCACUAACGGCAGCCCCGAGACGAAUAUCUUCAGGAGCCAGUUCCACCCUGGUCUUCGUGUAUCUGACCUACGCGGUGCUUCCAGUUCGCCUUAGGGAAGCCGUACUGGCCGGCAUUCUGCUUUCGGGGGCCCAUCUUUGGGCGGCCUUUUUGAUUUAUGCGAAGAGUCUCUAAGGGCUAAUUGAACAUGCUGGUGCGACCUUCCUGGUGUUGACCUGUGCCAAUUUGGCAGGAAUUUUUACACAUUGGCCAAGGGAAAGGGCUCAAAGACAAGCUUUUUUGGAAACCAGGCAAUGUAUUGAAGCACGAUUGACGACUCAGAGAGAAAACCAACAACAGGAACGACUUUUAUUAUCAGUUCUUCCUCGACAUGUAGCAAUGGAAAUGAAGGCUGAUAUUGCAGGACAGCCUAAAGAAGCACAAUUUCACAAAAUUUAUAUACAAAGACAUGAAAAUGUUAGUAUUUUGUUUGCUGAUAUCUGUGGAUUUACAAGUCUCUCGGAUCAAUGUACUGCUGAAGAAUUAGUUCGGUUGUUGAAUGAACUUUUCGCAAGAUUUGAUCGCUUGGCUGCCGAACACCAUUGUCUUCGUAUAAAGUUACUGGGCGAUUGUUACUAUUGUGUUUCCGGGCUUCCGGAGCCUAGACCGGAUCACGCCCAUUGCGCCGUCGAAAUGGGCCUCGAUAUGAUUGAUGCCAUCGCAUUAGUCCGAGAGGUGAUGGCAGUGAACGUCAACAUGAGGGUCGGCAUUCAUACCGGCCGUGUUCAUUGCGGUGUUUUGGGUUUAAGAAAAUGGCAAUUUGAUGUUUGGUCAAAUGAUGUCACAUUGGCCAAUUAUAUGGAAAGUGGAGGAAUACCAGGACGAGUUCAUAUAACUCGAGAAACUUUGCAAUGUCUUGAUGGUGAUUACGAGGUUGAAGAAGGUCAUGGUGGUGAAAGAAAUGGUUAUUUAAAGGAUCAUAAUAUUCAAACCUAUUUAAUUGUACCUGGAGAUACCUACAGACAACAGAUUACUGAAAACAAACCGCAACAUUCGUUCUCGAUGAAUGGAAAUAUUUCAAAGGAAAUGCGAAUGAUGGGCCAUGGGUCGCAGCACGGGAAAACUACUUCCAAGUUGGGUUUUGGAGAACCUCCUGGUGAAGACAAAGAUCCUGAAGAUGAAGUAAAUGAGUACCUAAUGAGAGCAAUUGAUGCCCGAAGUAUAGAUCGUCUGAGAGCAGAACAUUGUCAAACAAUACUUUUGACUUUUAGGCAGAAGGAAGUCGAAAAAAAGUAUACAAGACAGAAGGAUCGUAUGUUAGAUACGUAUUUUAUGUGCGGCCUAUUGAUUUACCAUUCUGUGGCAUUAGUGCAAAUUAUAGCAUUUCCCUUAACUAUUUUCAACCAAGUAUGUAUAAUAAUUUUUGGACUGGUAGUUAUAACCAUAUCUGCUGUUGUUUUCUCCGAAAACCACAAGAAAAUGCCAAAAUUCAUGCAAGAUUUAUCCCAAAAAAUUCACAGCAAUCGAACGGGUGCUCAAAUUUUAGCUUUUGCUGUCGUUGGAUUAAUAAAAUGUUUAGCUGAUUCGGCUCUGAUUUUGUUACCACUAGAACUAGAUUGCCUAAACCAAACACUGAACGGAUUUUACAAUCUCAGUGCUGAGCCCGAAUUUCCAUGUAUAAAUUUCAUAGUUUCGGAUUAUCUUCUAUUACUAAGUAUGUUGGCCAUGAUAGCCUGUGCAGCCCAACAAGUUUUGGUAACCGCCUUGAAGACUUUACUUUUGCUCUGCAUUUGCGUUGCUCAACUUUCUGCAGUUAUGACACAUUAUUCAAAAGUCGAUAAUUUGAUCAUGGAAUACACCAGUAUUGAGCCUUCGUGGACAACAAGAUGGGUCGAUGCCGUUCUCCUGUUAGGAUUUAUGAUAGCACUAAUUCUUCAUAGUCAACAAACCGAAGCAACUUAUAGAUUAGAUUUUAUAUGGAAACUUCAGGCAACUGAGGAAAAAGAAGACAUGGAGCAUUUAGAAGCCUAUAAUAGAAAACUUUUAGCCAAUAUUUUGCCAGUACAUGUCGCCGAGCAUUUUCUAUGUAACGUGAAAAAUAUAGAUGACUUGUACCACGAACAAUGUGACUGCGUCUGCGUAAUGUUUGCAUCGAUUCCAAAUUUUUCCGAAUUUUAUGUCGAACUUGAAGGAAAUAAUGAAGGUGUUGAGUGUCUUCGACUAUUAAACGAAAUCAUUGCAGAUUUCGAUGAACUUUUAUCCGAAGAACAGUUUCGAUAUAUCGAAAAAAUCAAGAGCACUGGUGCUACUUACAUGGCGGCAUCAGGUUUAACUAGAAAUACUUGCGAUAUGUUAGGCUAUCGUCAUGUAACCGCGAUGGCAGACUAUGCCCUAAGACUCAAAGAACAAUUAUCCAACGUCAACGAGCAUUCUUUCAACAAUUUCCGAAUUAGAAUAGGUAUUAAUAUUGGACCUGUUGUAGCCGGUGUUAUAGGUGCUAGAAAACCCCAAUAUGAUAUUUGGGGAAAUGCUGUCAAUGUGGCUUCUAGGAUGGAUUCUACUGGGCUUCCAGAUCACAUACAAUCGGCUGAAGAUGAAGAAACCUGGAAAUGCCAUCGAUGGUGGACAAAAAUCACAGUCGAACCAACAAUGUUCUUGUACAUGAUGGCAUUCAUGACGACUUCUGUCGUCGAACAGGCAUUUUUUGUUCACAAAUCCUGCACAGUAAAUCAUAAAUAUAACGAAACUAUUUGUAGAAACCUUUCUCAGUAUAAAGACAUCAACACCAAAGUACAAAUUACUGUAUCAGAUUUCCAUCAAUGGAACAAUAUAGCAGGACAUAUUGUUCCAAUAAUUCUAUCAUUAUUUUUGGGAGCCUGGAGCGACAGGAGAGGCCGAAAAAUUCCUUUAAUUAUGGGACUUGUUGGAAAACUUUAUUACUCUAUAAUGGUCAUUGUUAAUGCAAGGCAAGAUACCUGGCCUUUAGAAUAUGUCAUUUACACUGCAACGAUCCCAUCAGCUCUAACUGGAGCAGACGUUGCAAUUUUUGGAGCAGCCUUCAGUUACAUGUCUGAUGUCACAACACCAAAAGAUCGAACACUGAGAAUAUCGAUUUUGGAUGUUUGCUAUCUCAGCACGAUGCCCACUGGUGUUGCUUUAGGUUCAUUCUUAUUCAACGAAGUCACAAAUCGUGCCUACGACAUCAUGUUUGCAAUAAACGCUUCGAUGUUAGCACUUGCUGUGAUAUAUUCGAUUUUACGUCUCGAAUGGCAGACUACAUCGACACAGAGGCCUCUGCGAGAAGCUAAUAAUGUGAUAACAGAUUUCUUCGAUAAAGAGCAUGUCAAAGCAUCCAUCGGUACUCUGACAAAGAAACGUCCCCAUCAUCGAAGGUUGUACUUGUGGUUGUUUAUGAUUACCAUGGCUUUAUAUACAUUCCAAAGAGAUGAGAAACCAAUGACUUAUCUAUACGUUAGCAAGAUGUUCAAUUGGGAUGUUGCGACUUACAGCAAUUUCAAAACUGUUCAAUCGGCUUUGUAUGUUAUUACAAUGUUAAUAGGGAUACCUAUUAUGAGUCAUGUUCUUGGAUGGAAAGAUACAAUUAUAAUAAUGAUUGGUGCUUCAGGACAUGCCUUAGCUCGUUUGGUUUUUGGUCUAACCGAUAUCGCUAACUUAUUCUACCUGGGUGCUGUUAUUGCAGCAAUCGGCCCAGUAGUCGCCCCGGUACUAAGAUCGAUGACGUCAAAAGUUGUACCGAUUUCUGAAAGGGGAAAAGUCUUCUCCUGGUUAUCUGUAUUCGACAAUGCAGUACCAUUAUUUUCCGGCGUACUUUACACCCAGGUGUACAAUGCUUCGAUAAACACUCAUCCUGCUGGAAUAUUUUGGUUAACAAUGAGCACACAAAUUGUGGUAUUCAUUCUAAUACUGUGUGUUCAUUUAAUAUUAGGAAAUAAGCCUCUUCUAGUUGAAGAAGAAAAAAGCGAAGAAGCCAUUAUUCAGAGGGCCGAUGAGACCUCAAACGAAAAGACUGAUUCAAUAAGAUACUGAAAGUGUAGAUGUGUCAACAUCUCGAUUAAUCCGAUGGUGGUCAAAAGUCACAGUCGAACCAACAUUGUUCCUGUACAAUUUGGCCUGUAUGACAACAUCUGUGGUC